CAUUUUUCUUUUUUCUUACAGAGUCACUUUGUGGCAUGUAUGACAGCCAUCUUAAACCAGAUGGGUGACCAGCACUAUUCCUUCUAUAUUGAGACUUUCCAGACCAGCUCUGAACUUGUGGACUUCUUGAUGGAGACAUUCAUCAUGUUCAAGGACCUCAUUGGGAAAAAUGUGUAUCCUAUAGACUGGAUGGCCAUGAGUAUGGUUCAGAACAGGGUCUUCCUGAGAGCUAUCAACAAGUUUGCAGAAACCAUGAACCAGAAGUUCCUAGAACACACGAACUUUGAGUUCCAGCUGUGGAACAACUAUUUUCAUCUGGCGGUGGCUUUCAUCACUCAGGACUCUCUGCAGCUGGAGCAGUUCUCGCACGCCAAAUACAACAAAAUCCUGAAUAAGUACGGGGACAUGAGACGGCUAAUUGGCUUCUCCAUCCGUGACAUGUGGUACAAGCUGGGCCAGAACAAAAUCUGCUUCAUCCCAGGCAUGGUGGGACCUAUAUUAGAGAUGACACUUAUCCCUGAGGCUGAGCUCCGAAAAGCCACCAUACCAAUCUUCUUCGACAUGAUGCUGUGUGAAUAUCAAAGGAGUGGGGAUUUCAAAAAGUUUGAAAAUGAAAUCAUCCUCAAGCUGGACCAUGAGGUGGAAGGGGGCCGAGGGGAUGAGCAGUACAUGCAGCUGCUGGAGUCGAUCCUGAUGGAUUGUGCUGCAGAGCACCCAACUAUUUUCAAGUCAGUGGAAAACUUUGUGAACCUGGUGAAAGGCCUCCUGGAGAAGCUGCUCGAUUACCGGGGUGUGAUGACGGACGAGAGCAAAGACAACCGCAUGAGCUGCACCGUGAAUCUGCUGAAUUUCUACAAAGAUAACAAUCGGGAAGAGAUGUACAUAAGGUACCUGUACAAACUCCGUGAUCUUCACUUGGACUGUGACAAUUACACGGAGGCUGCCUACACACUCCUUCUCCACACCUGGCUUCUCAAGUGGUCAGAUGAGCAGUGCGCAUCGCAGGUCAUGCAGACAGGCCAGCAGCACCCCCAGACUCAUCGACAGCUGAAGGAGACACUCUAUGAGAUCAUCAUAGGCUACUUUGACAAAGGAAAGAUGUGGGAAGAGGCCAUCAGUCUGUGCAAGGAGCUGGCAGAACAGUACGAGAUGGAGAUCUUCGACUAUGAGCUCCUGAGCCAGAACCUGAUUCAGCAGGCAAAAUUCUAUGAAAACAUCAUGAAAAUCCUCAGGCCCAAGCCAGACUACUUUGCCGUUGGAUACUACGGCCAGGGAUUUCCCUCCUUUCUGCGGAACAAAGUAUUCAUCUACCGAGGGAAGGAAUAUGAGCGGAGAGAAGAUUUCCAGAUACAGCUGAUGAGCCAGUUCCCCAAUGCAGAGAAGAUGAACACAACCUCUGCCCCUGGGGAUGACGUGAAGAAUGCCCCAGGCCAGUACAUCCAGUGUUUCACUGUCCAGCCGGUCUUGGAUGAACACCCAAGGUUCAAGAAUAAGCCAGUGCCUGACCAGAUAAUAAACUUUUAUAAAUCCAACUACGUGCAAAAGUUCCACUACUCCCGGCCUGUGCGCAAAGGGACCGUCGACCCUGAGAAUGAGUUUGCCUCGAUGUGGAUCGAGAGAACCUCCUUCAUAACUGCAUACAAGCUUCCAGGGAUCCUGCGCUGGUUUGAGGUGGUUCAGAUGUCCCAGACCACAAUUAGCCCCCUGGAGAAUGCCAUCGAAACCAUGUCCACGGCCAAUGAGAAGAUCCUGAUGAUGGUCAACCAGUACCAGAGUGACGAAAGCCUCCCCAUUAACCCGCUCUCCAUGCUCCUGAACGGGAUCGUGGACCCCGCUGUCAUGGGAGGGUUCGCCAAGUACGAGAAGGCCUUUUUCACAGAGGAGUACAUGAGGGACCACCCGGAGGACCAGGAAAAACUGAGCCGCCUCAAGGACCUGAUUGCGUGGCAGAUCCCUUUCCUGGGAGCUGGGAUCAAAAUCCAUGAGAAAAGGGUGUCAGAGAAUCUGCGGCCUUUCCACGACCGGAUGGAAGAAUGUUUCAAGAACCUGAAAGUGAAGGUGGAGAAGGAGUAUGGUGUCAGAGAAAUGCCCGACUUUGAGGACAGGCGCGUGGGCCGGCCACGGUCGAUGCUGCGCUCCUACAGGCAGAUGUCCAUCAUCUCUAUGGCUUCCAUGAACUCUGACUGCAGCACCCCCAGCAAGACCACCUCUGAGAGCUUUGACCUGGAAUUAGCAACUCCUAAGACUCCAAAAGCGGAGCUGGUGGAGACGAUCUCCGUGGGGAGCACUCUGCCGGAGGUCAAGCUGCGGAGGUCCAAGAAGAGGGCCAAGAGGAGCAGCGUGGUGUUUGCGGACGAGAAGGCAGCAGCCGAGUCGGACCUGAAGCGGCUUUCCAGGAAGCAUGAGUUCAUGAGUGACACCAACCUCUCGGAGCAUGCGGCCAUUCCCCCCAGGGCAUCCAUCCUUUCUCAGAUGAGUUUUGCCAGUCAGUCCAUGCCCACCAUCCCAGCCCUCACGCUCUCAGUGGCAGGCAUGCCUGCAAUGGAUGACGCCAACUCGUCCCCCCGCCUUAGCCAGACCUUCUUCCCUCUCUCGGACGGCGACAAGAAGACGCUCAAACGGAAGAAAGUAAAUCAGUUCUUCAAGACGAUGCUGGCCAGCAAAUCUGCUGAAGAAAGCAAGCAGAUCCCUGACUUCCUGUCCUCGGACCUGUGAGCCGCUGCUGACCAGGGCUGCACAAGGGGAGCCGGAGAGAGGACUUUCCAGAGGAAGAGAGACAUGGUGGGACAUUGAGGCCUCCAGCAGGGGAGGCAUCUCCUUCUAGUCGCCCUCCCUCUGAGGGAACAAGGGCCGAUCUGGCCCCCAGGGAUCCAGGUGGCAGGUGAGGAGGCCCCCGCCUGGAUUCUGGGCUGUGCGAAGGAGGAGCCAGCAAGGACGCUUUCUCCCAUCACACUCUCCCCGACAUCCUCGGCGCAUUUUUUAUAACUCGGUUUCUUAGGUAUAAGGAGCUGUAUUUUAUUUCAUUUUUUUAAAGUGCUAGCACUUAACAGAAAAGCCUUUUAAAUAUUCUUUUAUUUUAUUUUUGGUUAAUAGUUUUGUACUUUACAUUUUUUAAUACAACCAACCAGUCUUUAUCCUCGCUGAUCUUCUCCAAAGCAUUGCUGUUUUCUUACUGACAAUAAAAAUGGGUGCAUGGCUUCAUUCA